AUGGGAAAUUCCCCGUCCAAAAAUGAACCCCUACCGAAUAUCUCAACCAGCAGAAAUGUUGGCUCUUCCUCGGACGUGAUCGCUGGCGACGUAGAGUCCGAGGAAUCAUCCUCGUCAGCGCUAUCUCGGCCUACCGGAAACGGUAGUGACGUUUCGUCCGAACGUCUAUCUCAUCUUUCUCCAAACGAUGCAAAGUCCCUCAGCAUUCAGUCCACGCCGCAAAAUAUCCCUUCGAGGAAGAACUCCAGACGCAAGUCCUCGCAUGACUUGGAUCUCGAGGUGAACAUCGACGCUUCUAUGGCAGUUCUUUUGGCGAACAACCUGCUGCAGUCGAACCAGUCGCCCUCGAAAUGGAAGAACAUCAACACGCGUGCUGUAGCAAAUGCGCCGGAGUACAGCUCGUCUCUAGAAAGCCAGAAGAGCGACAUUCUCUCUGUGUCGCCUUUGUUUACUGCAAGCGAAAGAGACGCAAGCCUGCUUCUGUCACUGUACUCACCGUCUACUCUGCCUACAGCAGGGAAGAAAGAUACCCUGCUCGUCUUGCAGCUGGAGUCUUCGUUAGAUCCCAUUGCGGAAACCUCCAUCGAAUCUACCCCGGAGCCCAGAAAACCCGAUUCGAAGCCGCGGUCGAUAUCAAAGUCCAAACUCUUGAGUUCUGCGGUCGUGAAACAAGAACCAGUUUCGCCUGUUUCCGUGUCACCACCGCCUCUUCCGCUGGCUAAGAAAACUGACUUUGACAUAGAUGGUAUUAUCGAUCGAUUGCUUACCAUCGGUCGCAAUAAGGUUUUCUACAAGGGCCUGAAGACGCGCAAGCUGAAGGACAAGUUGCCCUUAACAACACUGGAGAUCAAGUCUGUUUUGGCAAAGUCUCGCUCCAUUUUCAUGGACCAGCCCACGCUAUUGAAAUUGUCCCCUCCGGUGAAAAUUGUUGGCGAUAUUCAUGGUCAGUUUUUCGAUUUGAUAAGAAUCUUUGAAUCUUGUGGUUAUCCCCCGUAUACCAAUUAUCUUUUUUUGGGUGAUUACGUCGAUCGCGGCUACAAAUCGUUGGAAGUAAUUCUUCUCUUGUUGUGCUACAAGAUAAAGUACCCUGAAAAUUUCUUCAUGCUUAGAGGAAAUCACGAAUCCGCGAACAUUACAAAGAUAUACGGGUUCUAUGACGAAUGUAAGAGGCGUUUGCCACUUAUUUCCGGAAGCCACAAGUUGUGGAAGAGCUUCGUUGAUGUCUUCAAUACUUUGCCCAUUGCCGCCACAAUUAAUGACAAAAUUUUUUGUAUCCAUGGAGGACUAUCCCCUGAACUUCAUAGUUUGAAACAGGUUGAACAAAUCCAAAGGCCUACCGAUAUUCCUGAUCGUGGUCUUUUAGCAGACUUGCUAUGGUCGGACCCCGAUGCGCUGGUAAGAUCAUUUUCUCUCAACAAUUGGCCCAAAAACGACCGAGGUGUUUCGUACUGUUUCGGGAAGAAGCACGUAGAUCACUUUUUGUCAAAGUUCAAUAUGGACUUGAUUGUAAGAGGUCACAUGGUCGUAGAAGACGGAUACGAGUUUUUCAACAAAAGAAAGUUGGUGACUGUCUUCCUGGCCCCAAAUUACUGCGGUGACUUUAACAAUUAUGGUGCAAUUAUGAGCGUCGAUAAGAGCUUGUGCUGUUCUUUCGAGUUAAUUAAGCCCUAA